CACCAAGCCCAGCAUGAAGUACAAGCCCGGACAGUGGCUUUUCCUCAACUGCCCAGACGUCAGCUACCACCAGUGGCAUCCGUUCACCAUCACCUCCUGCCCGCAGGACCCGUACAUUUCCGUCCACGUUCGUCAAGUUGGCGACUUCACCCGUGCUCUCGCCGAUGCUCUAGGAGCCGGGCAGUCGCAGUCCAAGCUCUACGACGAGCUCGAUCCCAUGGGAAUGUACGAGAUCGCGCUGCAGCAUGGCCAGAGGAUGCCCGCUCUCCGCAUCGAUGGGCCCUACGGAGCGCCCGCCGAGGAUGUCUUCGAGAACGAAAUCGCCGUCCUCAUCGGUACUGGUAUUGGUGUCACACCUUGGGCGUCUAUCCUCAAGUCCAUUUACCACCAGCGCCUGAGCCCGAACCCGCCCAAGCGUCUCCGUCGCGUCGAAUUCAUCUGGGUCUGCAAAGACACUAGCUCCUUCGAAUGGUUCCAGACGCUGCUCUCCUCGCUUGAAGCCCAGUCCAUGGGAGGCGCCGACGGCGACCAGUUCCUGCGCAUCCACACCUACCUCACGCAGAAGAUCGACGCCAACACGGCCCAGAACAUCGUCCUCAACUCGGUUGGCACGGACAAGGAUCCGCUCACUGAGCUCAAGUCGCGAACCAACUUUGGCCGUCCGGACUUCCAGCGCCUGCUCUGCGGUAUGCGCGAUGGCAUUAUCGACCGGACGUAUAUCGGCGGUUUGGAGAGCACGCUCAGAACCGAUGUCGGUGUGUACUUCUGCGGUCCGAAUGUGGCGGCGCGCGAUAUCAAGAAGGCGUGCAAGCUGGCGAAGUGCCAGGAAGUCAACUUCAAGUUCUGGAAGGAGCAUUUCUAAACUAAACAACCCCCCCACUCCAGAAAAUGUAUGUCUACGAACUAGAGGCGGAAAGCAGCUUUUGGCAGGGGUAAGGGUAAGGGGCAAGGGACUUGAACCGGGUGUAUGGAACUGUGUAUGUGUGGUAUGUGUGGUUGGUUUUUUUGGGGAACCCAGCAGGGCUGGUGCAAAACGCCAGGCUCCCUCUCGGCGGCCCAGGUCUUCAAUUGGAAAUACCUACUACAACCCCUUUUUUUCUCCUUAACUUUUGGAUGUGUAUUUGGUCUUGUUCGGUUUUUUUUU